GAGACUGUACACCCACAAGCCUAAAAUAUUUACUACCUGGCCCUGUACAGAAAAGUUUGCUGACUCCUAUGUUAAAGGAUUGCCUGUAGAGAUCUGCAUCACACUCUCCUGUGAUGUUUCUGAGACUCUGGAUUCCUGAGCCUCACCCCAGACCAAAUGAAUCAGACCAAGAAUGUGCAUGUUAAGCAAGCUCUUGAAGUACAUACCUCCACACACACUGAGACAAAACUAAUGAUAAUGAGCUAAGGAUACAGGAAAGGAAAAGAUCCUGCCUUGCUUUUUCUGCCCAACCUAUUCUCUUGUAAUCCUGUUUGCCAUAAUUUUUGUUGUGCACUAUAUAAAUUAUAUUGAUGGGUGUCUUUCCAAUCAGUUCUCUUCCAAACGUUUCUACUUUGUGGAAAGAAGGCUGUAUUCGUUCCUUAGAGCUGCUGUAACAGAUUACGAAAUGUUGGUUGACUUGAACCAGCAAAAAUUUAUUCUCUCACAGUUCUGGAGGCCAAAAGUCCAAAAUCCAUCAAGGCUCGCUCUGAGGGGUGUAGGGAGAGAGGAACCAUUCUUCGCCUCUUUCAGCUUCUGGUGGCUGUUAGCAUUCUCGACCUGUAACUGCAUCACUCUGAUCUCUGCCCUGCUGAUCCCAUUGCCUCAUUCUCGUCUCUUCUGUUUGUCUCAACUCUCCCUCUGCCUUUUUCUUAUAAGGACAUUUGUCAUUGGAUUUAGGGCUCACAUGGAUAAUCCAAAAUGAUCCCCUCUCAAGAUCCUUAAUUACAUCUAGAAAACUACAAAGACCUCUUUUCCAAAUAAGGUCACAUUCACAAGUUUUUGGGGGUUAGAAAAGGGAUAUAUUCAGGGAGGGGGGGCACCAUUCAACUCGCUGCAGAUGCCGUUGUUCUCCUUUUGCCCCAACAGCCAAUCAGGUUCCAAGUCUUGAAGAUUCCGUCCCUUCUUCUCCAUUGUGACUUGUACCAUUCUAAUAUCUUUCUGCGAUAGGAAUCCCUUCCUUUGAAAUCUCUGAUGGUUUCUCCCUCUUUAAAAAGUUUAGAACAUGCUUCUGAGCCUGGAAUUUGGGACUCUCUGCAGGGAUGUUGCCCGUAUAUUAUUCAUUUCCUUCUCCCUCUUCUUCUCUCCAGCCACAAUGUAUUACUUGUCACUGAGCACCCUGCUCCUGCCUUGUCCCUGAAGCCACUCACACAGUUCCCUGCUCCUUGAAGGCUGAUGGUUUCUCCCUCCUCAUCACCGCUACCCCUGCCUUUGCACCACCCAAGGCCCAAGCAUCUCUCAAAGCCCAUCUGAGAUCCUACCUCCCUGUGAGAGCUUUGCUGCUCCUUCCCACUGGUGCUAAUAAUUAAAAAAAAAAAAACAAGUUUAAUCAGAGAAAUAUGAAAGAUGAGAAUGUAGUUGGAGACUUGUGAGAUUCUACAGGAAACAAAUUCUAAAGUUGUUUUAAGGACUUCCAAAGUCCAAGGAACUGAAUACUGCAUCUAUAGAAAUCUUCCGAGGAACUAGACAUGGACAAGGUGACAGCUGCAAUGGUACUGACCAGCUUGUCAACCAGCCCUUUGGUUCGAAGCCCUCCUGUGCGGCCGAACGAGGGCCUCAGCGGAUCCUGGAAGGAGGCGGGCUGCGUGCCUUCCAGCAGCAGCAGCAGCGGCUACUGGAGCUGGAGCGCCCCCAGCGACCAGUCCAACCCGUCCACGCCGUCGCCGCCGCUCUCGGCCGACAGCUUCAAGCCCUUCCGCAGCCCCGCGCAGCCGGACGACGGCAUCGACGAGUCGGAGGCCAGCAACCUGCUCUUCGACGAGCCCAUUCCCAGGAAAAGAAAGAACUCCAUGAAGGUGAUGUUCAAAUGCCUCUGGAAAAACUGUGGGAAGGUGCUGAGCACUGCGGCAGGUAUCCAGAAACACAUCCGGACCAUCCAUCUGGGGCGUGUUGGGGACUCUGACUACAGCGAUGGAGAAGAGGACUUUUACUACACUGAGAUCAAGCUCAACACAGACUCAGUGGCCGAAGGACUGAGCAGCCUGGCCCCGGUCUCACCUUCCCAGUCCCUGGCUUCACCUCCUACUUUCCCCAUCCCAGACUCAAGCCGAACAGAAACUCCUUGUGCCAAAACCGAGACUAAACUGAUGACGCCCUUGAGCCGCUCAGCUCCCACCACCCUCUACCUCGUGCACACCGACCAUGCUUACCAGGCCACACCCCCUGUGACCAUUCCAGGAUCAGCCAAGUUCACCCCCAAUGGCAGCAGCUUCAGCAUUUCCUGGCAGUCUCCUCCAGUCACUUUCACAGGCAUUCCAGUGUCACCAACACAUCAUCAUCCAGUGGGCACAGGAGAGCAGAGACAGCACGGCCACACGAUCCUGUCCUCCCCACCCAGGGGCACCGUCAGCCUAAGGAAGCCCAGGGGAGAGGGCAAAAAAUGCCGGAAGGUGUACGGGAUGGAGAAUCGAGACAUGUGGUGCACCUCCUGCCGCUGGAAGAAGGCCUGCCAGAGGUUCAUCGACUGAGAGAUGCCCAGGCCUGAGCACUCCUGCCCUGGCCCUUCCGGUGUAGGUGUUGGAAAGAGCUUUUCCUUCCAAAUAAAACACACUUGAAGCCCAGGAAAAGCACUUCCAGAAACCUUGGUGGAGUGACAGCAACAACAAAAGUCACCACCCUUACUGCUCUUCCUGAGAACCCAGCCCAGAGCAGCUAUUACUAUUUUUUUUUUCCCCUUCAAAAGAAAAGUCAACUUUUUUGCUGUAUGUCUAGGUCUUAAAACUGUGGACUUUUGAAACAAUUGAACCAACAAAGCCCGUUUUACCUAGAAAGGCAUAUUUUGAUAAGCUUUCUGAAUUAUGCCGUUUCUGAGAUUUUUUUGACAAACACACACACAAAAAAUAAGCUACACAUUAUUCAGUAGCAAUUGUACAAAGAACAAUACCUGCUUUUGUUGUGAAUAAUCUUUUCCCUGUUUUCCAUUUGACUUCUUGGAGCAGUACACAUCAUGAUGUGUUGCAAGAAAGUGCAGCACGCUGGGUAUCUUUUUCUAUGUCUUUCUGUUUGUUUUGUUUUUAAGAAUGGCUCCAAACUGAACCAUGGUAGAGCUGUUAGCUUGGUGGGCCCCAGAUGGCACAAACUCGAAAAGCAAUUGGCCGUGGAAAUCACCAGCAGACAUCAGCCCCAAGCUAAGUUCAGGAAAUCCAGCUGUCACUGUUGGGAAACAUCUAGGAGUCUUCCUUGGAUUUAUAAGAAGCUCUUCCCCACGAGGCAGCACAGCUAAUACUCUACCUGCCACAACUCAGUCAAGAACUGGCCCCCGUAGCCAUCUGGGUAAGCCUUGAUGCUUCUUUCAGGGAUGGGAUGCAAACAGCAGCUCGGAUCUAUUUGUUACCGCGUGUCUGUCAAGACUGUAGCCAGGUUAAUGGGUCAUUGGUCCUUCCCUCCAAACUCCACCGCUGGCUGACUUCAGAAAAAGGUAGAGAACUCCAAACUCUCCCAGCAGGUUUGCUUUAGACAAAGAACACAGCAGACAUGUCCCCAUCUGUUCAGAAAGUCACGUUAGGUCCACAGACCACUUCCAUUCUGAGUGCACUUUUAUAGGUUUUAUGCUUUAGCAUGUAUGGGAGAUGGGUUAACGAACAAUAUAAACAUUAUAUGGGUAAAUGGGAGGUCCAAACCUUUAUUUUUCUUAUAAAAAUAUGGGAGCUAUUCAGUAAGAAUUUACUCAAAAGGGAACAUACAGAACACCAAAAGGAAAAUGCACGUGGGUAUAGGAAUCUCUCAGUUUAGCAGGGUCAGGGCCAGUGCUGUGUUCCACCGACUGGCCUUUCUAGCUUGGUGUGUUUGCUUGCUGUUGUUGGUUUUGGUGGUGCUGACGUAGGGAGAGGGGAGUAGUUGUCAAGCCCUAUAAAUAAGCUCAUUUUCUAUCUCCCCUACUGUCGACUGCCCUGCUGAAGAGUUCUUUCUCCUAUACCUAUGCAAAGAAGCAAGAGCACCUUAGAGGAGGUACUGUGUAGGGAACAAGGGACGUGGGAUCAGCCAUAGGAAUGUUCAAUGAAAUUGCACAGAGGGAAGUUUAAUAUAUGUUUUGAGCUUGUACAUAUGCUUUUUAAAAAAAGAGUAAGUAGAAAGAAGUCAUCUAGUAAUAACAGAUAUCCUUUUUAUAUAUAUAAGCAAGGGAAACUAUCAGGAGGUUCUGCAGUGCAACAUCCACAAUCUGUGCAUUCAGAUAUUUUGGCAAUUUAUUUUUUAAACGGUCAUAUAACUUUUUAAAAAAAUUAUUCCUUGGAAGAGAUUCUGGGUUUUUUGUUUUUCCUUUUUUCUUUAAAAACACUUAUUUCUAUUUCAAGAGAACAGAUCUAAUUUCACAUCUUGAUUACCAAUCAAUACUAGGCACAGCACCAGCUAUAUUGUAUGUUUAGUACUUUUACAAGGUCAGCAUUACAAGGGCAUUUUUUUAAAAUGCAAAACUACGUUUGCUUCCUCUGCCCUAGCAUGUCCUUCCCCCUCCUGGUGUCCUGUCACUUCACCUGCAGCACCACUGCAGAUGAUACGAUGCUCUGGCCUGGUCCAGGAGGCCCUGAACGACGGGCAGAUUGCCCAGUGGGCAUGGAAAGGCCAAGGCUGGUUAACUGUUUGAGCAAAUUCACUGUGUAAAUGAGAGUCAGGGGACAACCCUGGACCAGAGGUUUUUCUCUUUGACAAAAUCCAGAUUGAUCAAGGCUCUGGCCCUUGAUCCUUGGAUUGAGUCACUAAUCAAAAAAGAUUGAAGUGGUGAGGGGUCAAAUCCACCCCUCCCAGAACUCUGGAACACAAGAAGGGAAAGAUCUUUACUGUGGAGUAGUCCUGGAGCAAGGCCCUAUGGCUCUCAGCCCCAAAGACGCAGCCCAUGAGCAGUUUGAGCUCUGGCUUACCUGAGGCCAACUCGCUCCUUACCGAGUUGUCAGCCAGUGCACAGGUGCAAGCAGAACCGUAGAGGUGAAUGCAGCUUCCCUGGGAUUUCUUCUCCUUUCUAAAGCCUUCUCCACACACACUUCUCUGAAUCUCCUGCCCGAGUCGGGGCUCCUUUCUGCUGGCUAACCCAGGGCUCUGUGUACUUUCUUCUCCGGCCUCGGGUACGGACAGACCCUCAGUACCUUCCUGGACACACAGACAUACAUUUCCUGUACCAAGGCAUGUACUAACUAGGAGACCACCAAGUGACACCUGGUUGGCCUUGAAGAAAAGGGAUUAUGCUUCGUCCAAGCCACCAAGAAAGCUAUGAAUUUCAAUCUACAGCGGCUGGUUGUAAAAGUUAAAAUUUUUUGUUGAUGUAGAGUUAUUUUGUUAUAUCUUGCAACUAAAUGAAGUGCCAAAUUAAGCCAGACUUUCAUUUUAUGCCAUCCCUGUGGAACCAAGUUGCUUAGUGUGUGUGAUCACUUGGCAGGAGGAGGGGGAAGGGUGGGAAGCGGGCUGGAGCCGUGUCCAUCCCGGGGAGCCCAGAGGCCUGUCUGUGUGAAGGGAGUGGCGAUACAAUGGAUUCCCGUCCCCAGGUAUUUCUAAAUAAGGCAUGUGGUAGCCUUUUGCUUUUUUGCUCCCUUGACACCCCUUCCUUCAAAAAAAGGUUUCUCAUCUCUCUCCAAAGCAGCAUUUCACGGUGACUGGCAGGGCAUUCUCCAGAUACCCGCAACCAUAGUAUUCAUCAGGCAGUAGUUUUAAGACUUAGUCCUUCCCAGGUGCCAUGUGCUCAAUGUGUGGGAGGCAGUGUGACAAGAUGGAGAAAACACCUGGGUAGCAAAGGGGUCAGGGGGGAGAUACGAGAGGCCUGUGGACACCUGGUCCCACUCAUCUUCUUGGUGCUAAUCAGCCAGUGGUAACUGUCCCCGAGCACCUCCCCGGGAACUGCCCCGUUCUCCCGCUGGAAGCAGCUGCCUGGAGCGAGGAGAGGGCCCGGAGCCACUUCCCUGAAGGCGUCGAGAGUGCAGGGCUGUCUCUAGCAGGCAGCCUCAUCCCGAGCGGACGUGGACUUCCCUCCACCUCAUUUGGAGGAGAGUUUCUCCCGUGGCUGGCAAGAGCCAGCGUCAGGAAGAGAGCAGUGGGUUUCUCACCAGGAAGGUGCACGCUCGGCUGCAAAGUGCCUGUCGGCAGCUCCAUGUACCAACGAGGUGCCCUUUAUUAGACGAUUCCUUGCCCGGCCACAACCACAUUGCAGGUGACAAUUUUCAGUAGAGAAUGACCCGUGUUGCAGUUCUUGGGCUUCCCCAAAGAGAUAGUCACAUGUAUGUUACAAAAGAUUUCAGAAACUGAAAUGUCCUCCAUAAAAUUGCAAGAUCAUUCAACUUUUAAAUCUGCUGUCUCUGGUGUCAAACUAAGCCACAUUUUUGGAAGUGGCCCUGGGGUUAUGCGUUAGCCAGCGCUGCUGAAUUCCUGUCCCACUUCAUCAGACCCCAUUGGAAAACGGAAGUGCACCAUUCACUAGAGAAGGCUCAGAGAAAGGUGGCAAGAACUGUACAUAGAGGAGAGAAUACCUUGAGAAUAGUAGCAAAAUACUGUAAAUUAUAUUCAUUUCCUCAGGGAAAAAUAAAGGGCAUGUGAAAAAUAGGUCUGGAGAAUCCUAAGACCAGGAAGAAUUUUGUUAUCUGUAAAGUCGUUGCUAGUCAGAACAAGUUUUUUCAAGUGAUAUCAUUUCAAGACAAAUUUCAGUGAACUGGACAGUACCGACUUUUCAAGGUGGAGGGGAAUGGCCCAUGAACAGGAGCUGUUUUCUUGGUAGCUGACCUGUAGUCCAAGACGGACGUUGGAACCACAGGCCAACGCCUGGGGGAUAUUCAUAGACUCUCGUAAGGCUUUUUCUGAAUGUAAUUGUGAAUACAAAGCCUUGCUGUUCCUUUCUAUAAUCACCCAAUUGGGUGACUGUUUAUUAGCUAUAAGCAGAGUUCUGUAGGUGAAAGCAAGCCGUUAAAGAUGUGCAUUUUGCUUUAAUAGCAUGUUAAGGAAUAAACUUCCAUGGACUUUUGUGGAGAAGGUGCUGCUUUUUCUCACGAGACCCCGUAGAAUUUCUAUCGACCACAUCAUCUGUAGCAUUGACCUGUGUGAACUCGGGGGGAGAAUUUGUGCAUACAAAUGAGUGGAAACAGAGCAGGAUUCAUGAAUAUGCAUGAGAAUGUGGAUCAUUCUGGAGAAUGCACUGGGCACGCGGGUCAACUGGAAAUUUCAUUUCUCUAAGGAAGUAGCCCUGCGAGCAGCACACAGACUCUCCCAUUCCUCAAACUUGUGGGGAUGCCUCUGCAUCGAAACUGGUUCAUUGUGUCUUUUUCCCAUUGUAACUACCAAACCUGAAAUCAGUGAAUGAAAUGAGAUUAGCACUUUUAGGUACCAAUUGUAUCACUGAGGAAUGCACACCAAUAGAACAAGAAAGUAUAAAAUGUAUUAUAAGACCAACUGGUUUGCUUAGUAUGACUUAACUUUGAAAAAGUCCAUAUUCAAUGAUAUAUAUGCUUUAAAAGGUGUAUCCAUCAUAGGACUAGCAAUCAAAAUGGGAAUCUUACUUCUGGUCCUGUUUUGUAAAUAGUUCCUUCUUUUGAAGACAAUCUCAUGUUUUAUAACUUUUGUUGUGGGUCUGAGAAUCACAAUGGUGAUAUGUUUAUGGCAAAAUGUAAUCUUAAAGACAAUAAUAAUGAUGACUUAAUUUUCCAAAUAAAACAAGAAAUAUACUGCUUAGGCUUCUACAGUUCUAAGAGACAUGACACUUUUAUAAUACGCAUUAAUACUCAACUUCUCAAGUUAACACAACUGGAAAUAUUUUACAAGAUGCAGUGUUUUGUAAUCACAAAGAACAUGAACAUUUUGUGGGAAAUGACCUUGGUUUUAUACAUUGUAGCUUAUUUUUUAAAAUAUAGUAUUUUACCAGACAGGAAAUGUUAAUAUUAUAAGCAAUUCCUGCUCACCAAACAAAGGGCUAUGCCUCUUUUAAGCAAGUGUUUUGAUGCAUAUCUUUUCAAUUAACCCUCUGCAAGCAAAGGUAGAAAUGCGGAUCAGAUGGAAUGGUUAUUACAAGAGAAUCAAGAUAGCAACAGCUACUCCUUUUAUCAUUACCAGUCUAUUAAUUUACCAUUAAUUACCAUUAUUUAAUUUUCAAAGAAUUAUGGGAAAGGCACUUGAAGAAUCAGCAUAUAUAUUUUAAAUCUAAAAAAAUGUUAACAGAUAUGCUUAUAGGCUCUGGGAGAAAUAUUCUUAUAAAUUCUUUCGGGUAAAAUGAUAAAUUCCAUGUCGAAAACACAAGUUUACCACUUGACCUACCAGAACCACAAACCUACAUUUAACUAGCAAGUAUCAUUUGGUAGAAAUUUCUAAAAUCAUAGUAUGAAGGUUCAAAGAUAGAAUUCUUCGGUGAUCAGUAGCACUUACAUUAAUUUUGUCCUCAGCACUAACUAAAUAACUUUAAUUUCCUUAUCAGAAUAAGUGCUUGAUUUUUCACUGUGAAAAACUGACAGGCACACAAGGUUGCGAUCGCAAAGUGACUGGGUUCCCAAGUCAGGAAACAAGGAGGGGAGCUGUGGCGAGUCUAUUAUAACUGCUCAAUUCUGAACUUUGCCAAAACCAUUUCAUAAUGAUGUAUAGUUUUAUUCAAGCCCACUCACUAUUAAAACAAGAAAGCAUUGUUUUAAGAUUGAUAAUCCAAAAACUAUCCUAAUUAGCCAAGUACACAGAUAAAAAUCAAAAGAAAAGCUGAGACAGAAUAGCCAUACACCUACUGGGCAACUCUUGUGAGGUGGUCAGAAGGUCACUCUGACCUUGGUUUCAAAUAGGCUUUGGAACCUGCACACAUGAGGACCAGAAAUGCACAGAGUUAGGGAAAACCGUGUACAGCCUUGGCUCCCAGUCUUUGAGAUGAGUCAACCAGCAAAUCUCUAUCUUCAUUCCCUUGGAAUAUUUCCAUUUUAGUAUUGAAGUCCCCAAGAAAUGUUUAUUUCUGUAUAGUUGUGAAUCAAAUGAGUCUCCCCUCAUCUUUAAAUAGAAGCUUCCUAAUAGUAUAAAGCAGAGUUUGCCAAUUUAGAUGCCUUAGAAGGGCAAAGCAAGUUCUGUAAUGAUCCAUGUAGUAGAUUAGACAAAAAGGGACACUAGGAAUGUGAGAUCCUAUUGAAACAGAGAACACUUGCCCCCUUUGAAGGAAUACUCAGCUCUAGACAAUCAGAACCAUGAAGAAAUCAGGCCCGGGGCUGCCAGAUCUUCUGACUUGGAAAUAUAUUAACUGACACUUGAAGUGUUGACAACUAACUCAAGUUUUUGGCCAACACUGUACAGACCAAAGAGAACCUGCAUGUGGGUGAGUGCAGCCUGUGGCCACCAGUUUCACCUGUUGGAGAAAACAGAUCCCACAUUCCAUGGGUAUAAGGCCAAGUACAUCCAUCAGCCCCACAAACCCACAUGUUGCCACUAUCUAAACAACUAAAAUAAAAGAAGGGAAAGAGGUCAUUUCUCCCUAGAAAUCAUUCUCCUGGAAGACUCGGAUAUAGAAAUGCAAUGUCUUUAGCCUUGCCUCGGAUCAAAAUAUAGUGAGUUACCCAGCUCUGGCACUCUGCCUCCUUCUGGCGUGCCCAGGCCGUGCCCCGAAGCAUUGAAUAACUGUAAUCCUGAUUUUCAUACUGUUUUCACUGCCGUGACCACUGUGAUGAGGGGCUGGCAAAGAGCAGCCUCGUGCCUUCAGAGAAGGCAGGCAGGAGCCCCUGAUGUUUUAAGAUAGCACACACCUCCUUGUGCCAAAGCCCUUUGCCAACCUCUCCACACCCUCCCCUCCCCAUCUCCCCUCGUGAGUCUUCAUGCCAGGGUAAAAUUACCAUUGUUGCACCUCUGAUAUGGCAAAGUCCUUGCUUCAGAACUGGUAGGCACUUAGGUAUCUUGGAGCGUCCACUAACUUCCAAAGGGUGUUUUCCCCCGUACAAAAGCUUAACAUCUUUGAGGGCAAAAGCAAAAUGGAAAUAAACGUGUCAUGAAAAAUAUUAGAAGUUGCUUCCCUGGCUUGGAUGGACCAACUCAUUUUGAACUGUAUCUUACAUCCUGAUGGCAUCAGGAUAAUCACUAACCCUUUCCCAGAUGUAAUAAAGAAUGUCUCUUUCAGACACGUUAUUCCGUUUGAUCUUCAAGAAUCCAGUGUAGAACAGGGAUAGUUAGAAUCACCAUUACCCACCUCCAAGGCCAACCCAGAGUAAUCUUGAACCUGAGAGGCAGCCUCAAUUUUGCUUGUGAGGAGGAGGGAAAGGGCUCAGUGAAGGGCUGGCUCAGACGGUCUCUUCCAGAAUGACUCGAGACCUAACAAGACCUAGGGACCCACCAUGUCUCAACCCGUCCUUUCAGUCCAGGACUUUCAGCAUAGAAGUAAACAGCCCACUCAUUCAUGUGGCCAAGUACAAACCUAAAUGUAUCCCUUUACUAAUCCCCAGUGCCUAAAUUCUAACCAACUAAGUGGUUAAUUAUCAGAUUUUCCUUGCUAAUGCGAUGUUCUGAGUAAAAGUUUUGACUCCUUGGGAAAACUGCUUCGCUGCUAGUAUACAACAUUUGCCAUCUAUGGAAACUUCAAUUGAUGCCAGAAAAUUUAAAACCAGCUCAAAAUUUACAGAUCUGUAAUGAUCAAAUCAAAAUGUAAUGUAAACCCAAAGUUGGAAAUGCCUGGUAAUAUAGUUUAGUCAUGUUUAAAUAUGAAUGCAAUUUACAUAAGAUUGGCAAUGUAAUGUGAAUGAUUAAAAGGCAGUCCAAUAUAUGAGUGGAUUUCAUCUUAUCCUUCACCCAUUAGUUUAUCAUCUCGAGUUUAGAGUAAAGCCGCUCACAGGCAGCUUAGCCAUGGAGCUGGAAGGAGUCUGAGAAAUCCAGUUUGGCCUGACACCUACUUCAUUAGCAUUCAUUUUGAUUAAUGAUACUUUUGUCGCGUUUCUGAAGUAACACAGUGCUGGAGGACGAACCUCCAGUUUAGCACCUUCCUCCUCUGAGGGAAAAGCAGCCCCUUUUGCAAUGGAUAUCACCAUCCUGUGACUGUGGCAAGACUUAAAAAGACCCAAGCUUUAGGGGACAAGAAGAAAACUAUCAUUCCAAAAGCAGAUAACUAUAGAUUUUGAAAAAAAAAAAAAAGGUGGAGAAAGUAGUUAAAUGAUAGUCCUUGUUUCUUAAAAAUGUUCUUUCUCGUGUUGGGCACCAUCCACAUAAUUAUUAACUACCACCUUCUAAAGAGAAGAUCCCCUUUAUAUUAUGAAAAUAUGAAAGAUAAAUUCUUAAGUCUAAUUAACUAUGAGGUUCUCUUAUAAGGGCCAAUUCCCUAAAUUUUUAAUUCAGAAAAUUAGGGUAGAAAGCGACAACUCCUGAAAAAAGGUAAAAGAGUUGUCAUUAAAGCAGAUAAUGUUCUUUAAAGAAAAAAAAAAAAAAAAGGAAAGGUGCUCAUCUGUUUUCUUCUGAUUAAUCCCUAACUAAAGAGGAAAACCAGCACUCUGGAGGAAAAAAUUGAGCUCUAAGAGAGAGAGAGACCAUUCUGGUUCCUAGUCUUGUUUUGUCCACAUGGCCCCUAAGAAUUUGCUAGACGAACAUUACUCUCCCCUCCUUGCCCUCAUGUUCCCAAGCCAGAGGCCAGGCUGUAGUGUGUGUUCGCUUCCAAAGCCCGUGAUGGGACCUUCUUGCUUCUGUGCUGAUUUCUCUCUCUCAAAUUAAGGUCCAAGGGGAUAGAUAAAUGUUACUGUGGUUGGUACAUUAGGCUCAAUGUGGCCACCACCUUCCUUGGUGUCGGGGGAGGGAAUUCUGUCUGUCUGAACAGUUUGAGGCCAUCAGGAGGAGAGCAGCUUGGUCACUGGACAACCAGCCUCACUGAGCACAGGAGAUUUGUUCAGACUCACGAUAAAGAGUAGCCAGGCAGAGACCCAACCCUUGCACUGUGCCUCAAAGCCGCAUGCAAGCCACCUCCCCACCAGGCCCCCCCACACACACGCCAGGCUCAGAGAGAUCAGAACCAGCAGGUGGAGCGGGCACACGUUCAAGGAGCCAAGAGGGCAGGGCGAGAGGGCUCCACUUCGAAUUACUCCAGGCUCUGACCUCUGCCUGCAAUUACAGAACAUGAAAACAGGAAUUGGCCUUUAGUAUGUGAAAAGGAAGUAGCUCCUGCAGGGCAUGAUUGUUUUAAUUUUAUAUUUAUGGAGAAAGAAAAUGACUCCAAGCCGCUCACGUUAAGCACUUGUCUCUCACUCCAGUGCCAGCCCCUUCCCACGUUCUGGGAACAGAUGUACCGGGCCGAGAGGACAGAGCCAGAACUCUUAGGGCCAGUGGCUGCCGGAGUUUGAAUUGCCCCUUAAACUACCCCACCCACCCACCCACGAAAGGGUGGAGGAGCAAUGCAUAACCUUGCAGAUUACAAACCCUUGUUUUACUUUUUAAACCUUUCCUUCCAUACUCUGCGUAUUGGAAAUCAAUGGCUGUGAUUUGACCAACCCCUGUGACAACGGCAAAGCCUCUCCUUUCCACAGUAUCCCAACUGUUUGGGGAACCUCCUUGACCACUGGUAGAAAGCUUUAGAAUAGACUUAGAUUUUUAGGGAAGAAUUCAAAAAUCCCCAAAAUUUACUAGUCCCAUGACUUCAAUAAUAACUAAAAAUUCCCUGGGUAUAAAUUAACCCAGGAAUGUGGAUCAUAUAUGUAAAAAAAGAAAAAUGCCAUUAAUCAAUAUUUUCCUACAACAUACCCUAAAAUUCUUAUUUUUGUAAUUAAUGGUUGGAUAACAGUCAGCCAUUUAAACAUACACUCUCUGGAAUAACCAGACAUUAGAAUAGUUUCCAAAGUGUUUUGUGUAUCAAAAUCCUAUAUACUUAGAAGAACUCAGGAUAAGAAAAAAUCGCUAGGUCCCAAAGGGUUCACGACUAUCAUCAAAUGCAACUGCUGAGUGGCCAACAGUCAUUUUUUUUUUUUUUCAAACGAGAAGACUGGAGAGAGAGAACAAUAGUAAUUACAAAACCUCGGUUGCCCUUAGCCCAUGAUAAGGUUUAAGAAAACUCUGCUUUUAAACAUUAAGCCAUCUUUCAAAUUGUUUUCUACACCAAAUCUAAAAAUAUGAAAAUGAAAUUAUUAAGUAUUUUAAAUGGGGUGGUUAGUGGAAAUGCAAUCAGUAGAAAGGUUGCUUUUUAGUGCCUGCUAAAUAGAGGCAGGGAGAUAGACCAGCGGGAAGACAGCAGUCCUUCCUUUGUUAUGUGAAAAUGACAGGCGUGCACAUGUCAUUGGGCACUAAUUCAGAAGCUAGAUGGCAGUGCUAUCCAAUGUUUAGAGAUCUUUUGAAAUACAAUCUUACCACCCUUCGGAGGUAAGUACUUGCUUACAAAAGUCUUUAAUAUUGGUGAACGAAUGUAUAAAAUUAUAAACUAUGCAUUUUCAAAGAGUAACAUGUAUUUUGUAAUUAAUCCAAGUAAAUUUUUUUUCAUAGCUACUUAUCACAACUGCAAAUUAUCCAAAAUAAACUUGAACACAUAUGCUCAUGGGUAUGUGGGAUGCCCCCCUCUCUCUUCUCCUAGUUGAUGUUUUUAAAGAUGGUGUAUUGAAACUUUAUUCUGAAACUUCAGGCUCUAAAAACGUUCCACCACUACGGUGAAUGAUAUAUAUUUUACUUCUUAAGCAUAAAUGGGAAAUGUUGGCUGUUACAAAAUGUGCCCAGUGCUUUAUAGGCGGAUGUUCUAGUAAUGUUGGAUUAACAAGCAAACAAAAGUGCAUAAAAUGAACGAGGAUCGCAUUGGAUAAAUUGGCAUAGGUUUUGUCUGUUGUGUUUAAUUCUCAAUCCAAGAAAAAAAAUAUUCUUCAAAGAGUUUGGGUUCUAGAGCUUCAAAGAACAAAUGAACAUACUGUCCAGAAAAGCAAAUCACUGAUCUUUUUUCAAAAUUACAUAGAGAGACAAUGACUUAUAUUUUAGAAAGUCUAUAUAGAAUAUACACAGAUUUCUUCAGCCCUCUUGUUGAUUUCAUAUUUUCAUAAAACCUUUUCUCCUAAUAAUUUGUCUUUGCUCUUUAAUCAUUGCUUUAUACUGUGUUACUCAGCAUGAAAAAAUAUUCUUUCAUCUGACAAAGUGGAAAUAAAGAACUCCAUAUUUCUCUGCCAUCCCGGUUCUCUUCUAUGUCCAUUGAGAAAGUUUAUCAACUGUAUGUAAAAUAUGAAAAAAACACUUCUAAACCUGAUACUUAAGGUUAUACUGGAUUGUUUGCUACCUAAUACGAAGUUAUUGUGGGAGGGCAACGUGUCUUUUUAUAUGAUUUUUAGCCAAAUCCAGAUGUUCUGAUACUACAUUUCUGAAUACCUAUCUGACUGUAAAUACAGCCUGUGGAGGUUCAGGUUGAUAAUAAACCUUUUCCAUGACUGUUCCUCAGCCAUGCUCCUUGCCAACUUUUGGCACAUUGUACAUAGAUUUGUUGAAUGUUUAAAUGAUGUUGUUUUUCUAAAUGCUGUUCUCUAAAACAAUCUUUUGAAUGUUUUUUGCUUUUCAUUGUUUUGGACUUUGUGUGUUAGUUUUUAAAAAAAAAAAAAUGUUUCCUAAAUUGUUAACACCAGGAAAAAAAUAUUUUAAAAUAAACUGGUGCUAAUUGAAACAGGCAAGAAAAAUUGUGGAUUGAAGACGUACAAUAGAAAAUGUUCACACCAGUUAAACUGCACUUUCCCGAGGGGACAGCUGGCAUCUACCUGAAAUAGGCAUCAGGACGGCCACCAAAUGUUUACAGUUUCUGUGGCUCGUUUAAGUGUGAAAUGUAGAAGCGGCUCUGUCCCACCCCCCACCCCCAGAGUUGAGGAUUUGCUACACUGGUCCUCUGGAAGCAUUUUAAGUAGAAGAAAAGGCUUGUAGUAGGAACCACUUUAGUAAUAGUCUUCUGGUCUUUGGACGUUUAUGUUCUGUAAUGCUUAGCUGUGACAAUGACUUUGGUGUUGCCAAUCUAGUCUGACAUCAUUGUUGACCUGUACUUACUCUGUGUAUGGUUCUACCUUGGGUUGCACUGGCUGGAACCGAGCCAGAACACUGGACUUUCAGUAAGACAGACCAUUCUGACUUCUACAGUGUCCACACACAUGAAUUUAAAUGCACUUGUAACUGGUUGAUUACCAUGAAGUAAGUCUAACUUCCACUUAAUAAAAGUUUUUGUGUAUCUGCUUCUA